CAGCUCUGCUAUAAAACGGUCUCUCGUCGGUGCUUUCGACAUCAGUAUCAACUAAAGCGACGUUCCGCUUGGAUUCCCCCACAACACAGAUUUUAGAUUUCACAACAAACUUCAGUCAUGUUCAAGAUCACGCUAAUCAUUGGAAUGCUCUUCCUGGUGGCCGUCACUUGGGCCGCAGAUGAGUCACAGGCGACCAUCACCAAGUACAAGAAUGAGAUCAAAAACGAUGGCAGCUACAACUGGGAGUACGGCACCUCGAAUGGCAUUGAGGCCAAGGAGAGCGGUGUGGGCAGUGCCUAUGCAGCAGGAUCCGUGGCGUACACGGCACCCAAUGGAGAGAACAUUCAGCUGGAGUACACGGCCGACGAGAAUGGAUAUCAGCCGAGGGGCGCACAUUUGCCAACGCCGCCACCGACACCCGAUUACAUUCUCAAGGCGCUGGCAUAUAUUGAGGCUCAUCCGUUUACCAGGAUUCAGCUGAAGCCCUAGAUGAUCCAUGUAAAAAUUAGCUCUAAUUUAGCACAAUUUAUCUACAUAAACAAUAAACAUUAGAUUA